UGAUGCUAUGCGGUCCUUUUGACCUUUUGGCAGACUCCGCAUAAUUGGAAACAGACUUCGGGUUUGAUGUGUAGCUUGGUUAUAUACUGCUUGUGUUUUAACAUAUGCAUACGUGCCUUAAUGGGGUAGUUUCCCAGACACAGAGAUGGAGAUGCUACGCUUAAUCUGUAUCUGCGGAAACUGCCCCAAUAUCAUUAAACUCUUAUUAGGGAUAGAUAUUGUUAUUGAGUAUUUUUGUCAUAAUGUGUAUGCCUUUUUUGUAAGCGUGUUUGGCACGUGCGUGUUUGUGGGGUCAGCCAGCACUCAGUUAAAUGAAAGUCACACUGUGUUGGAGUCAGCUGAUUUUAGGCUGCGCGAAGAGCAGCAGACUAGUCACAAGUCCUGACUUUGGGGGGGUCUUAGACUGUCUGGAACAGACACACGCAGUUCUGUUCUCUUCAUUUCCCAUCAAAGCAGUUUUCAACGGACUAAUAAAAGCUGGGUUUCACAGAGACCGACCAACUUUUCUCACGCUUGAAACCUGUCUAUCUGGAGCGAUACUGCUCUUGCUGCGUUGAAUGGAGUCCUGAGUCUCUCGCUCUGCUUACUACUGGAGUAUGUGGUGGUUCCAGAGGGGGGUAUGUGCUCUCCCUGCAGCCCUGGUCGCCUGGUCCUCGGCCACCUUCGUCCUCAGCUAUGUCACCGCUGUGCUGCUGGGCCACGUCGACCUACUAAUUCCCUACAUCAGUGAUGCCAGUGCCGUGGUUCCCGAACGCUGCGUCUUUGGGUUCAUGCUGAGUGUCUCUUCCUUUUUAGGUGUAGCCACUGUCUAUGUGCGAUACAAGCAGGUCCAUGCUCUGGCACUAGGUGGCGAGCUUAAACUGCAUCGACUUAACUGUGCUGGCCUGGUCCUGGGGAUCAUGAGCUCAGUCGGCAUGUGCGUCGUCGCCAACUUCCAGAAAACCACCAUCAUGUCAGUGCAUCUGCUGGGGGCGGGGCUGACCUUUGGCUGCGGGGCGCUCUACAUCCUGGUUCAGACGGGGGUGUCAUACCACAUGCAGCCUCGCUUCCACGGCCGGGACAUCCUAUGGGCGCGCACCGCCGUGGGGCUGUGGACAAUGGCCAGCGUUAUCAUCGCGUUUGUGUCGUCAGCCAUUCUGUAUGAUAACCUACCAGACGUGAACAGGAAAAUACGCUGGAGACCAGGGGACACGGGUUACACAGCCCAUCUGGUCAGUGCCGUGGCUGAGUGGUCUCUGGCCUUCUCCUUUAUCUGCUUCUUCCUCACUUACAUCCGAGACUUCCAGAAAAUUCAGUUGCGGGUGCAGGUUGUCAUGCAGAGUAAUCACCUGUACGACUACACCCAUUAUGACGUGAGGGAGCAUAUCCACCAUGGAGAGCACUCGCCACUGCUGGCUGGGAGCAUCUGACUACAUUGCCCCCUUCUGUAGCAUGGAGGCCACACUGCAGUCCCACCCCAGGAAAAACAUGACUAUCUCUGUGCCUUGAAAUGACUUCCUUUCUUCAUCUCUUACUGCUAAGUGGAAUGAUUGAAUAUGUUGGAACAAUAAUGCAUUCACCCAUCAUGUGAUUUGGGGCCUGUGAUUUAAGGAAAGGAGGCAAGAUGAUGCCGUUGGAGACUCAGCACUUCAUUGACUGAACAACUGUUGUGUUCAUUAGGUAAAACAAUGGAAAAUGUUUUGCAAUGGAAAAAUUAGUUUCCUUAUUGGACCAGUCCAGGCAGUCCCUCCCUGCUUCAGUCAGUAUUCUUCCAUUUGGUGCCUAAUGAACAUGACUAAAGAUAUUUCUAAAGACAUUUAGUGGGUCAAAAUGUUAAUGAAAGCGUGACACGUCAACUUUGAUUUGAUUUACGAUUUGACUUAUCUGUACUGUACAGUUUGCAUAACUUUUUUUAUUUCUGGUAUUGUACUUUUCUACAAAUAAAUCUGUUGUUAAUAUGACUUGUCAACAUA